AGCGGGUGAAAACAGAAACGGGCGCAGCAGCGGGAUUUGAGGAUCUUCUGUACGUGAACAAACUAACAGUUAACAGGAUUGUCAGGAAGAUGUCGAAACGAAAGCAGUUUCUGGAUUCUGUCCAUCACGAGCACGUCCAGGACUUUCUGAACUUCAUCAAAUUACAUAAGGAUGGAGCGGAUCCAUUUGACCUGGUGGAAAUUUUGGCGGAGCUGCAGAAGAGUCAGAGGCAGGAUCUGUGGGACAGACAGCUGAAGUUACUGCAACACAGCCUCACUCUUUCCCCUUCAGAGCGCUGGAUCACUGGAGCCGAGGAGGAUGCUGGAGACAUGGAGCUGGAGGUUUCUGAGGAACAGAUACAAACCAUGGCUGUAAUAGAAGGCGUCACUAUUGUUUCUACAGUCUCUGUAGAUGCUUUGCAGGAAAAUGACAAUUAUACCACUCUUCUCAAUUGUGCCCAGAUACUGAACUCUAUAGAGAGCGCUUUGCCACUAUCACAAACUCCCCUUCAGCAGGCUAUUCACUGGCUGUUUGAAUGCUGGUGGAGGCGGGAUUGCAAGGCAAGGAUGAGCUUGGCUGGACUGCUUUUCUUGUUUGUUUGGAGAACACUGUUACACUUGAUAAACCGGUCAGCGAGCUCAGAAGACUCUGUAGUCUACGCGAGGUGCUUCUCAGUGUCGACUUUGCAUCUGAAAAAGGUCAGCAGGUCAUCGACCCUCUUCUCCAGUGCUUUUUCAGGGCCUCUCAUAUCAAACAGGAAGAGGGGAAACGCUUCCUUGCCUUCCUUUUUUCUUGGAAUGACAACUUCAUUCGGAUGAUUCAUGAAACUAUUAAGAAUCAGCUGCAGUUUUUCCCAAAAGCUCUAUCUGUUCACGUGGCUGAGAUUUACUUCAGAGCAUGGAGGAAGGCAUCAGGCCCUUUUCUGGAGGAGAUUGAGUCUGCCUGCA